AUGGACAGUCUCUUCAUUAAGGAUCGCUGUGACGCGCUCCGCGAGGGCGGGUUCACCAACUUCUUUAUCUCCAUUCUAAUCGUGAUCGGUAUCAUGCUAUCAUAUGUCACACAACACUAUCGAAUCAUCUCCCGCGGGUCCUCCGAAGGAAUAUCUCCGUAUUUCGUGUUACUCGGUGUCACCUCAGCGAACUCGCAGUUUGGGAACAUCCUCACCCUGCCUCAAUCGCGAGCCGAUGUUGCCUGCUGCAAAGUAGUUAGCCCCUUCGAAUGUACUGCUGGAUUACUCGGAAUUGCGCAGAUUGGGACACAAUGGGUUUGUUUUGCUAUCAUCCUUGUUCUAUUCCUCGUCUUCUUCCGUAGGGAAGACGUUGACCUGUCGGACGAUGAGUGCGAGCGAGACCCCGAUCAACCGACCUGGAGGACCGCUAUUACCGUAGCAGCUCUAUGCUUGAUUCACGGUCUACUCGUCGUUAUUGUAUCAGCUGCAUUUGCGUUUGGUGCUCCCUCGUACCUGGGUGCGUGGGCGAAUUUCUUGGGAAUCAUGUCUGCUGCACUCGCCGCCGUCCAAUACAUCCCUCAGAUUUGGACUACAUACUGCCUCAAGCACGCUGGUAGUCUUAGUAUUUUGAUGAUGUGCAUACAAACCCCCGGUGGGUUUCUUUUUGCUGGUAGCUUAGCAGCACGUCUUGGCUGGGCAGGUUGGAGCUCUUGGGGAGUAUAUGUCUUGACAGCCAUAAUGCAAGGUAUCUUAUUGUUUAUGGCCAUCUCCUACGAGUGGCCGUCGCAGGAGGAGCGCCGUCAGUCUACUCCGCAACCGCAACGUCCUCCGUAUAACCGACGUACCACACCCAGAGUCCUACCUUCGCCAGGCCCAUACUCUGCUCACUUACAGGCCUAUGGCGAAACGCAAGAAGAGAUCGAACGUGCACUAGACCGCGAGAGCGUCCAAGGCGUAGGAGAAAAUCAACCUCUCCUGGCACCUGGUGGACUUGGCAGCUCAGGUGUUCGCUAG